AUUUUAAAUCUUUUUCUUAUUUCUAUUCCAAAUAAAAUGCAUCAAGUUCCCUUCUCUUGUUCCUGCGCCAUUUCCUUCUCUUGUUCCUGCGCCAGUUUUUUUAGUUGUUAUUAUACCAAUUAUAAGAGUUCCAUUAUAGUUUAAGCUUACAAGUAUUUUGAACAUCAGUCAAAUUCUUACUGUAAUGCUUCAGGUAUCCUCUUUUCACAAUAUAUAUUAAAUCUUACGUAGCUACGAAAGGGAGAAAAAGCGAUGUAAUUUUGGUCCUGUUUUUAUUUGCUUUGGCCCUGUCCCUCAUUGAGCUGUAAACCACAUCCACAUGCAGAGCUGUCCAUCAUGAUGACCUCUGGAACUGUCUGGCUCAAAGUGGUGAGAGGAUCCAGCAAGAUUUCCCAUCUAAAUGAUGACUCAGCUCUGUUCUUCUGGCAAGAGGCAGAGUUCUGUGAAGAUCCUCAUCUGACUGUACAUGGAAUCAGUUCCCAUGAUUUACAUCAAGGAAGCCUGGGAAACUGUUGGUUUGUGGCUGCUUGUUCUUGCCUAGCUCUUCGGAAGAAGCUGUGGCAGAAGGUGAUCCCAAAUAUUAAGGAACAGGACUGGGACCAAAAGAGACCAGAGAAAUAUGCUGGAAUCUUUCACUUCCGUUUCUGGUGUUUUGGAGAAUGGAUUGAUGUGGUCAUAGAUGAUCGGUUGCCAACCAUAGACAAUAAGCUGAUCUACUGCUCUUCUAAGGAGCCCAAUGAAUUCUGGAGUGCACUUCUGGAGAAAGCUUAUGCAAAGAUGGCAGGUUGUUACGAAGCUUUGGAUGGGGGCAGCACAGCCGAGGCAAUUGUCGAUUUCACAGGAGCCGUAGCAGAAUCCAUCAACCUGAUUGAUGGUAAUUAUGACUAUAGUAUCAUCGAACAGGUGAAACUCUUUAGAGAAUUGCUGAAAGUUCAUAAAAGGGGAGGAUUGAUCAGCUGCUACAUCAUGCCUUCAUCCUUCAGUGAUUUUGAAGUAGAGACGGACAUGGGUUUAAUCAAAGGUCAUGCCUAUUCAGUGACAUCUAUCCUGAAAAUGUCUGUUGGACAGAAGAACCUGUGCAGUAGAAAGUCUGAGAAACACUUCAUGAUCCGAUUAAGGAAUCCUUGGGGAAAUAAGGAAUGGAAUGGAGCAUGGAGUGAUGAAUCUGAGGAAUGGAAGAAAGUGACCAAAUCAGAGCGCACAAGAUUAGGUCUCACCUUUGAAAAUAAUGGAGAAUUUUGGAUGACAUUUGAAGACUGGUGCAAAAACUUCACUGAUGUGGACAUUUGUCGGAUUGUGAAUACCUCUUUCUUCAGUAUCCAUAAGACCUGGGAAAAGAAAAUGAUGCGUGGACAGUGGACAAAGAAUCCAAAUGCCAUGUUAAAUCGCUCUGGAGGGAGUUUAAACAACGGAAUCACCUUUCUCCAAAACCCUCAGUAUAUUUUUGUUGUAAAGAAGGUGGAAGACAAGGUCUUGAUCUCUCUACAGCAGAAGGACCAACGGGUUCACCGAAAAGAAGGGUCAGGAGAUAAUCUUGUUAUUGGCUUUGAAAUUUUCAAGGUGGAGGAUAACAGAGAAUACCGCCUGCACCAAUUGAAAAUACAAGAGAGGAUAACUAACUUCACCUACCUGAACAAUCGCAUCGUGUAUUUAAAAGUGCUUCUCAAGCAAGGCCGAUACCUUUUGAUCCCAACCACUUUUUCUCCAAACAUUGAAGGGGAAUUUAUUCUGAGGCUCUUCACAGAUGUUCCAUCAGCACUCAGGGAGCUGAAACUGAACAAACCCAGACUGUCUUGCCUGGAUAUCCUUUUAGGUAUCCCUAAGAGGAUGUCCCUCAUUAAAGUCUACAGGGUGGAAGGACUCCAGAGUCAAAACAGUCAUGGGGAAACCAACCUGUAUAUAAUUAUUAAGUGUGAGAACAGCAAGAUUCGGUCUCACUCUCAGAAAGGCACUGGGACUGCUGUUUUCAACACCCAGGCUGUUUUCUACAAAAGGAAGGUUGACAGUCCCAUUAUUGUCCAGGUCUGGCACAAUGCUUUCUUUGACCGAUUCCUGGGAGAAAUCCGGUUGUCUGGGUCACCCAGUAACCCUCGGGAUCUUCAGAAGUACCAACUCCAUGGCAGAGGCCAGCAAGAAGCAGAAGUGCCAGGUCAAAUCACUAUCAAGAUACUUUCCACCGAUGACCUGGUAGAGCUAUGAGUUGCAGAGACUGAUAGGCCCCAAGAGGGAGCUAUGUUUUUCAUACAUGUGUAUGUUGCUGUUAGAAUCCCUUCUUUGGUCCAUAAUCUCUGGCUUGCAAAUGGACACUACCAAGACAGAGACUCUCUUUGUAAAGAGAAACGGGUGGGACCCGAUUGUCAUGAUAUGAUGAGCUCCUCUUUCUUCUUCCCUCUCUUCAGAUGCCGUUUACUUUACAGAUUGUAAUCAGUGCUAAACAAUGGUUCAUUCCUAAGCACUGAGUGAACUAUUGUUAGGAUUUUUCAGGCUUUGGAUUAGAAAAAUAAGAUGAUGUCACAGAAUUAACCAGACUAGGUUCCAAAUUCAAUUCCUGAAUAGCUUCACAUUAGUUUUCUCAGUGGAAGUGGAUCAUUGUUUGGGUCAGCUGAGUUACUUUUGGGAUGAAAUAUCAGCUUUAUCCCAAAUCUUGCCAGAACUAGGAAGAGCCCAUUCUUUUUUCUGCAUCUUCAGAAUCGAUGCAGCCACUGAAUAAGUGAUGCUAUAUUUGACGUGUGGGAUGACACAUCCCAUGAUGGGAGGCUUAAUGUUGCUGAAUGGCCAAAUAGGCGCUUUGAGUAGCUUGUCUUCACACAGCUCUAUCUUGUACUUGAGCCAAAUAAUAAUAAUAGUCACAUAAAAGGAAAAUUGUUCUCCAACAGUUGCCAUUUUUUCUUUUUUGAUGAACAGGUAGUCUCAACUUACGACACCAGUUGGGAGCAUCAGAUUUAUUGUCAAAUGGUGCACUCCUUAAGUGAAGCACCACAUUCAAUCUCACAACCUUUUUGCCACAGUUGCUAAGCAAAACAUCGCAUGAUUGCAAUUUGCAACCUUCCCUGCUAGGUUCCUUAUUGACUUUGCUUGUCAGAAGCCAGCUGGGAAGAUUGCAAAUGGUGAUCACAUGAUCCCAGUAUGCUACAGCUGUCCUAAAUGCACAACAGGUGCCUAGUUGCCUAAAUCACAAUCGCGUGAUUGUGGGGGCACUGCGAUGGUCAUAAAUGCAAGGACCAGUCAAAUCACUUUUUUCAACACUCUUGUAACUUUGAAUGGCUGUUAAACAAAUCAUCAUAAGUCAAAGACUACCUUUAUAUGUAGGACAAUAGUUCAUUAGACCUACUCUGGCAUAGGUUCCUACAGUGGGAAUAGCCCUCAAGCAGAGAAUCACCCCAAACAUUCCUGCUGAUGGGACGAGAGGCAGAAAUCAGGGCUGUUUUGGGGGGGGUCCCAAAGAAGCCUCGUCUCCUUACAUUCCAGGGGGUUCCUCAACAUCUGGGGUAUAUUUUCAGGGAGAUCCUUAAAAGGAUGGGGGUAAUGAGAAAAGACCUGUCAGACCUGCCACAACUUAAGCCUCUAAAUAGAAAUGAUCAUUGGCUCCAUUUGUUGAUAAAAGUAUAGUUUAUUAGAGGUAAAGUAUAUUGCUGUUAUGCAAAGCCAGAACUGAGAAUUGCACACCAAAAUCCCUAAAUUCAACUUUUCCCUCCCUUAGCAGUCUCUCAUUGCCCACCCCCGUGUAACCAAUCAGGUUCAGGUUAGGUAUUUUCAUAACAGUCAAUUAAAGCAUAAUUUAGUAUGCAGCUCCCUCUUUCUUCCAGGAGGUAUCUCGAGAAGAUACAGCAAUCACUUUUGUUUCCCCAACCAUUCCACCCCCUUCAUUCUCCCUCCCCACAGUUCAUGGCAGUCUGUCACCACAUAGCAGUGGAGCCCAAGGAAGCAUAAAGUGGCAACUGACAGGACCCAAGCACAUCUAAUGAGAGAAUUCCCCUGCUCCAUUCAGAGUCUGCAUUAAAUGAAAGGUGUCCUCUUAUUGCUACAGCAUUAUGGUGGAUUCAAAUCAAUGCACAGAAAUAAUAUCGGUACUUGCACUUUUCACUCCUGUCAGAGCAAGUCUCUAUAUAGAAUGUAUGCAAUAUAUUUAAACGCGCAUAGUAUAUUUUAAUAAACAUAUUAAAUAUCUAGAAUAAUAUAUUCUGCUAUUAGCAUCCUCUGGGUGAGUUAUAACAAUAGGCAUUUAUGUUGCACUUUUUAUAAGCACAAAGCACAUAUAUUAUUCAAGCAUUCUUUAUGUAAAUUGUAUAACAAAUGUACUUCUCUUUGUAUUAUUUAUGCCCAUACUGCAGAUGGAAAAAAGGGAAGACUGAGCUUACUUGCUGAGGAAGUACUGUUUGUUUUAAUACAGACGCACAGUAAAAUCUUGAAACCGAA